CACGCCCCCUUCCCUCUAAGCUACCUUACGUCGGGCUACGCGCACCGACGCAGCCGUCGAGGAAACUCCAGCGUCAACCCUCCGUCUCUCCCGUCUCCGUCUGCUUUCACCUGAGUGUCAUAGCUGCUGCCUGUCCAGCACACAUAUUCCAGGAUGGUGGUUCUUUCCAAGGAGUAUGGGUUUGUGGUGCUAACUGGCGUCGCCAGUAUGAUCAUGGUUGGACAUCUGGGCGCCAAAGUGGUAAUGGCCCGGAAGAAGUACAACGUACCGUACCCUAAGAUGUACAGCGAUGACCCGGAGACUGGAGACAUCUUCAACUGUAUCCAGCGUGCACACCAAAACACGCUGGAGAUGUACCCCGCCUUUCUUUUCACUCUGGCUGUGGGUGGUUUACAUUGUCCUCGUCUGAUUAGUGGACUUGGAGUGUUGUGGAUCGUCGGCAGAGAGGUGUAUGCGUGCGGUUACGCCACAGGAGAUCCUGCCAAAAGAAUGAGGGGAUUUUUUGGGAAUCUGGCUGUGGCGGGGAUGAUGCUAACCACGCUACACUUCAGCUGCCACCUGCUGGGCUGGACUGGACCGCGGAUGGGGCCCUUCCGUCACAUCCAUAGUUGAUAAAGAGGUCCUCACACCUUCAAAGGCUAUAAUCCAGAGCACUAUAUAUGAUUAAUGUAACUCAUAUACCUUGCAGUGUGUGUGCUAAUCAGACCAGUAUACCAGUGAAAGUCAAAACUGUUAAGUGGCACGACUGGUUCUUCAGGACAGGACUCGUCUCAUUUAGGAAGCUGAAUGUAUUUUCAGAUAGGCACACCCUACAGGCGCCAUCAUUUUGUUUUUAAACUUUAACCUGAUUUGGAAGCUUCAAUCGAUUUUCUACACGACUCUUAACAUCGUGUGUAUCUUUGCACUAUAAAAACUAAUAGGGAGUGUAGUGAUGUAUAAUCAUUAUGAAAAAGACAGCUGACAAUUGUUAGUCAAAUAUUUUGCCUUUGUCUAUUAAAAAUCUCCAUAAUUUACAAUAUAA